AUGAGUAAAUAAAUUAAUUAAUUAUUUACUAUGGGUUAUGAGAUAUAUUUUACAUUUCUACUCAAUCUCACAUUGAGCCUAUAUAUAAAUUAUGUUGUAACAAUCCCCUACAUGGUACAAUGCUAAUUUACUUUCUUUUAUAGGAUGAAGAAUUUCAUUUAGAUCAAAUGCAACAUUAUCUAGAUUCAGAUUUUGCUUAUUGGAAUCCAAAAUUGACAACUCCACCUAUGCUUUAUUUUCUUAAUUAUCCAUUUAUUGUAUUGCUCUCUAAAAUGGGAUUUAGCACACUUAUAGCUUGCAGAAUAAUCAACACGUAUAUAUAUAUUUAAUUAUAGUUUUAUAUAUCCAAUUAUCACAUUUUUAGUUUUAUCCAAAUUGUUUUAAAAUAAACAAAAGGCAUUAUUAUUUUCAAUUCUCCCAACUAUUUAUUUUUAUAACUUUUUGUUCUAUACAGAUACCUUAUCAAUUACAUUAUUAUCCUUAUCUUCUCAAUUAUUGUAGUCAAAGUAUUAUUUUAUUUCUUCAAUUGUAAAUUUUUUAAUGUUAUUGAUUUCUAGUUUUCAUUAUGUUCUGUGAUGAGUAGAUAAACCAAUAUAUUAUGGAUUGUUUAUAUCUGUAUUAAAGAUUAUUUGGAAUAAAAUUAAAUAAAGUUAUAAUUUAAAGAUCCUAGAUUAUGUAUUUAUUAUAUAUAUAUUUAAUUAAGCAAUUUCAUUUCAUCUUAAUGCUUUAUUCAAUAUGAUUUUGAGUGAUUUAAGAACUAUAAUAAGAAACUACAUUUAUCAUAUUUGUAUUUUAAUACUAUUUAUUGUAUUUCUAUAUAAAAAUGGUGGAGUUGUGUUAGGAGAUAAAGAUAAUCAUUAAUUAGUAUUUCAUUUUGCUUAAAUAAUGUACUUUAUGCCAGUUCUGUUUAUUUAUUUUCCAAUAAAUUGGAAUACUCUAUUAUAAUAUACUUAAUUAUCCAUAAAGAGAUUAUUAUUAUCUAGAAAUGCAAAAUUCACUUAUUUGAUUAUUUUGAUAAUAUGUUUGGAGAUUGUUCAUGAUUGGACAUACAUUCAUCCUUUUAUUUUAAGUGAUAAUCGUCAUUAUGUAUUUUAUAUUUGGAGAAGAAUCCUCUCCAAAGAUAUAUAUCGUUAUACUUUAUGUUUCAUUUAUGCUUUAAUUAUAGUAAUAAUAAGCAGAAUUUUAAUCAGUAAAUUAGUAAUCAUAAUAAUAUAGUUCGUAAAGAAUAAACUUUCUAAUUAAUUUUACUAUUUAUUUUCACAACUUUAUCUCUAAUAUUUAGUCCAUUGAUUGAACCUAGAUAUUUUAGUAUUCCUUUAUUAUUCUUUUAUUAACAUUGUUAAUUUGUAGAAUAAACUUUGAAAAAACAAAUAACUGUAUUUACUUUAAUAAAUUGCAUUAUUAUUUAUGUAUUUUGUGAAAUUAAGUUUUCUUGUGAUUUUCCAUAAUGUAGAUUUAUGUUUUGA